AUGAGUGCCUCUAUCACAACCCUGUUGGCGCUGGUCAUGUUUUCUUUGGGAUGCAGUGUGGAAUUUAGAAAAUUCUGGGGUCAUAUAAGAUAUCCAUGGGGUAUCAUAGUAGGAUUCCUCUGUCAGUUUGGAGUUAUGCCGAUUGCAGGUUUUAUACUAGCAAACAUAUUCAAUGUCCACCCACUUCAAGCUGUGGUGGUGCUUAUCAUGGGAUGUUGCCCAGGAGGAACCGGCUCCAAUAUCUUGUCAUACUGGGUGGACGGAGACAUGGAUUUAAGUUUAAGUAUGACCACCUGCUCUACAUUGUUUGCUUUGGGCAUGAUGCCUUUAUGUCUCUUUUUGUACUCCAAAAAAUGGGUUGAUUCAGAUUCCAUCAUUAUACCUUAUGAUACUAUUGGCAUCUCACUCGUGACAUUGGUUGUUCCUGUUGCUAUUGGAAUGUUCGUUAACUAUAAGUGGCCAGAAGCAGCAAAGAAAAUUCUAAAGGUGGGAUCUAUUGUUGGAGCUAUUCUCAUUGUUACUGUUGCUGUAAUUGGUGGAGUACUGUACAAGGGAUCUUGGGUCAUCGAACCCAAGCUAUGGAUUAUAGGAACUAUAUUCCCAGUCAUAGGUUUCAUUGUGGGUUUUAUCUUAGCCAUUUUAGCUAAUUUGUCAUGGAGCAGGUGUCGCACUGUGUCAUUGGAAACUGGACUGCAAAACACUCAGUUAUGUUCUACCAUUGUACAACUCUCAUUCCGACCUGAGCAGCUGCCUCUGAUAUUUACUUUCCCUCUGAUAUACAGCAUUUUCCAGCUCCUUAUAGCCAUUAUAUUCCUAAUAGGUGAGUUCACAUAA